ACCAGAAUUUUAUGGUGUUAUAUUCUGCUGGUAUCACUUACAAAUGUGGAAAAGAGGAAAGCUGUGGAGCAAGAGUUUAACCAUUAAUUAGAUUGAAUUUUUUCCCUGCAGUUUAUGUCCCUUGAUAAGUACUUUAAAUGUUUCUUUUGAAAUGUCUCUGGCAUUGCAAUACCACGACCUUAUUUUGAUGCAUUUGCUGAAUGACUAACACUUUGACUGUUUUUAAUUGUUUCUGUUCUAUAAUCCAAAGUUUCGUGAUCUUGUCCAGUAGAAAGAAGACUAUUUUAUUUUUACAACCGCUUGAGUUUUUGACAUACAAGAUGAAGCAAGAUGCCACAAGAAAUGCUGCCUAUACUGUGGAUUGUGAAGAUUAUGUGCAUGUCGUAGAAUUUAAUCCCUUUGAGAGUGGGGAUUCAGGAAAUCUGAUUGCAUAUGGUGGCAAUAAUUACGUGGUGAUUGGCACCUGUACAUUUCAGGAGGAAGAAGCAGACAUUGAAGGACUUCAUUAUAAAACGCUGCGAACAUUUCACCAUGGAGUCAGGGUUGAUGGCAUAGCUUGGAGUCCAGAGACUAGACUUGAUUCAUUGCCUCCAGUAAUCAAAUUUUGUACUUCAGCUGCUGAUAUGAAAAUUAGAUUAUUUACUUCAGAUCUUCAAGAUAAAAAUGAAUAUAAGAUUUUAGAGGGCCAUUCAGAUUUCAUUAAUGGUUUGGUGUUUGAUCCCAAAGAAGGCCAAGAAAUUGCAAGUGUGAGUGAUGAUCAUACCUGCAGGAUUUGGAACUUGGAAGGAGUGCAGACAGCUCAUUUUGUUCUUCAUUCCCCUGGCAUGAGUGUGUGCUGGCAUCCUGAGGAAACUUUUAAGCUAAUGGUUGCAGAGAAGAAUGGAACAAUCCGGUUUUAUGAUCUUUUGGCUCAACAGGCUAUUUUGUCUCUUGAAUCGGAACAGAUGCCAUUAAUGUCAGCACAUUGGUGCCUAAAAAACACCUUCAAAGUUGGAGCUGUUGCAGGAAAUGAUUGGUUAAUUUGGGAUAUUACUCGGUCCAGUUAUCCUCAAGAUAAGAGACCUGUUCACAUGGAUCGAGCCUGCCUAUUCAGGUGGUCCACAAUUAAUGAAAACUUGUUUGCAACCACUGGUUAUCCUGGCAAAAUGGCAAGCCAGUUUCAAAUCCAUCAUUUAGGACACCCUCAGCCCAUCCUCAUUGGUUCUGUAACCAUUGGAUCUGGCCUUUCGUGGCAUCGAACUCUCCCGCUGUGUGCAAUUGGAGGAGACCACAAACUAUUGUUUUGGGUGACCGAAAUGUAAAGUAAAUUUUCUCUGUAGUUUAGAUUCAUAAACUUUGUAUUUUUAGUACAUAUUCUGGAGAAUUUCUUAUUUUUAUAUCAAAUAUGCUUGUAAACUCUAGAAAUAUCUCAGUUGUUGCUUUUGUGAAAUAAAAUAUUGAUGGUUUGAAAAAUUA